GGUGUGGGAGAUGCUUCGAGGGCUGCUCCUGAGUGCUUCGCCCAAGUCCACCUUUGGAUGGUGUGACACUGAGAUAGGAUGGAGCCUCCAACAUCGUUUAAACCUGACAUUGCCCCUUCGAAUAAUGACGCUGCCAUUGACACAAGUGAUCUAUGAAGAAAAGGUUGGAUUGCAGUUUGAAGGCUCAGUGGAGAAGGAAUCUUUGGAGCGGGUUAGGCUGCAGGGCAUCUUCCUGGUGUUCUUCCUUGGUGACAAGGAGAAAGACUGGCUUCGGACCGAAGGCAGCCAGUUUAGGCUUACUGUCAGUAAAGGACGAUGGUUUAAAUACAUGCCCGUUUGUGUUGCUGGUGACUCAAAGUAUCUGGUGGUGGAGCUUCCAGCUAAAGCCAGGAGAUGGCUUCAUGCCAGAUCCUUUCAGCUUUCAGUGCGGAUAACACCUCUAAUAGCUCAGGAGACGAAUGGGAUGCUAGCUUCAGGUCAGACCAUGACCAUCAGAGAAGCUGGUGACUGUCCAGAGUCCCUUCUGAAGAAGCUGUUGUUUGGUUGGGAUGAAAAGCAAUACACCCGUGUUCCGCCCGUCAUAUUUGGGCUGCUUGAAGGUGGAAGAAACACAAAGGCGAGCGGUUGCGCUGCACGCGAAUUCAGAGAAGCCGACAAUGAAGGGAGUCUUAAAACGAAGGAAGAAAAAAUCCGUAAGAAUGCAAAGCUUGGGAAACGUGACUGACGUUGCUUUGAAUAUGUCUGCUGCCUGAACAUGGAGCCACAUGGCUCCCCUUAUAUCCUGUGCAUCUUUUUGUUUUGUAAUCAAAGGAGGAACUAAUUGCUUAAGUAUGCAAUUAAGGUAAAUGUUUUGUGAUCAUUAUAAAAAUUGAAAGACCUAUUUUAAACUGUUAUAGACGUAGGUGUAUGUUGCUCAGCUCUGAAUUAUUCUCCGUUUUAACAGGAUUGCUAUACCUGGGAAAAUACCUGGAAAGAAAUGAAAGCACUUAAGUAAACAUU